AUGGGCAGAAAACAAACAAUCACUUUCAAACAUUGUCUUGUUUUGCAGGUUUGUGCAGACGAUGUGCUGACAAAAGAAGAACAGAUAGGCCUUUUGUUCAGAGCCAAACGAAAGUGUGAGGGCAACAUCAAGUCCAAGAACAAGGUCCCUGAUGGAUUCUGCUCACCAGAGUGGGAUGGUAUUGUCUGUUGGCCUGAAGGGGCUCCUGGAGAGUUAGUAUCCACUUCCUGUCCAGACUAUAUCUAUGACUUUAACCAUAAAGGACUAGCAUACCGUCGAUGUGACAACAAUGGAACUUGGGAGCAAGCUUUAGGAAACAAGACAUGGGCCAAUUAUAACGAGUGCGCAAAAUUCCUCUACCAUUACAACCAUAGCCAUGAAAAGGAGGUCUUUGACCGUUUGUUUCUCAUCUACACAGUCGGAUACUCCAUCUCUCUAGGAUCCCUUAUGGUGGCUGUUGUCAUCUUGGGAUAUUUUCGACGGUUGCACUGCACCAGAAACUACAUCCACAUGCACCUCUUUGUAUCCUACAUGCUCAGAGCUAUAAGUAUUUUUGUGAAAGAUGUUGCACUCUACUCUGGAACUGCAUGGGAAAACAUGGAAAGAGUCACAGUGGAAGGCCUGAAGUCCAUAACUGAAGCUCCGCCAGCCAACAAAACGCAGUUUAUCAGCUGUAAGGUGGCGGUGACCUUGUUCAUGUACUUCCUGGCGACCAAUUACUACUGGAUCCUUGUGGAGGGUCUUUACCUCCACAGCCUCAUAUUCAUGACCUUUUUCUCAGACAGAAAGUAUCUCUGGGGAUUCACUCUGAUUGGAUGGGGGGUGCCAGCAGUGUUUGUGACCAUCUGGGCAACUGUGAGAGCCAUAUUUGACGACACGGAGUGUUGGGACUUAAGUUCAGGCAAUUUGAAAUGGAUAUAUCAAGUGCCUAUCCUGGUGGCAGUAGUGGUUAACUUUAUGUUAUUUCUGAACAUCAUCAGAGUCUUAGCAACUAAACUACGGGAAACAAAUGCUGGAAGGUGUGAUACCAGACAACAGUACAGAAAACUGUUAAAGUCCACGUUUGUGUUGAUGCCACUGUUUGGAGUUCACUACAUCAUAUUCAAUGCCAUGCCAUAUACAGAGGUGUCUGGAAUUCCAUGGUUGAUCCAAAUGCAUUACGAGAUGCUUUUCAAUUCAUUCCAGGGAUUCUUGGUUGCAAUCAUAUACUGCUUUUGCAACGGAGAGGUUCAAGCUGAGAUCAAAAAGUCCUGGAGUCGCAGAACAUUGGCCCUGGACUUCAAAAGAAAGGCCCGAAGUGGCAGUAACACUUACAGCUAUGGACCUAUGGUAUCACACACGAGUGUUACCAAUGUCACUGCCAGAGGACCGCUGGCCCUCCACCUCACCACGAGGCUGGGACCCGUGCCUGUGAACGGCCACAGGAACCUCCCAGGGUAUGUGAAGAAUGGCUCAGUCUCAGAGAACUCCAUACCUUCAUCAGGACAGGAGCUCCACAUACCCGAAGAGGAGAACUCUACUCAUGCGCGACCCAGUGAGGAUGAGAAACCCUCUCCUGUGGUUGAGGAGGAGAGGGAAACUGUCAUGUGACCUCUUGGGAACUGUUUAUUGAGAUGAAAAGAGAACAAACGCAGCAGGAAACACUCAGGAUGGUCUGAAGGGGAUGACUGCAUACAUCAACACUGCCAGUUUUUUUCUCCUGUGAAUCGAGCCAUAACAUGAACAAUGUUGAGACUCAAGGUAUAAAGGAUGCAUCACUUUUUAGAGCUACUCUGAGUGAUUGUGACCCCAAACUGUUGUGGCAAGUAACUCACAGCUCUUUCAUCAACCACCCGCAUCAGAGAAUGUGUAAACACCUAAACUGAUUUGUCUUUCUCAUUUUCCAUCUAGUUUGCUUAUGUAGCAAAUGUCUUGUGGUGAUUCUUUCUGUAUAUUACAAGUUGGAGUUAAGUAGGUACAGUAGUUUCUGAAAACAGCCUUAAUCACCUGAUCUUAAGCCAGGUAGGUAUAAGCUAGACAUUAAUUAAGUGUAGGCCUGGCUUAAAAAAAGAGAGACAUCCAUUCAUGAAUUGUGGCAUUGUAUCUCAUUUGUUCUGCAUUGUCUUAGAUCCACUUCAGCGUAAAAGGGAAGUUACUCAGGUAAUUGAAGUCCUCUGUUGUGCACACCUGUUUAGUGGUGUUUCAGCAUAGUCUACAUUUCUCUCCAGAGGACAUUGGUGUUUUGUAUAAGGUUAUGUGUUUUGUUUUGUUUUGUUUUUUUCUAAAUAUUGUACAGUUUCUGCUGUUGUCUAACAAACCAAUUUUCCUCUCUUUAAUUCUAACAGAGUUUGAAUGGUUGAAAUGAAUGUACUGCUGUCAAAUCUCCCUGCAGUUGACAAAAAAAAAAUAGCCAAAGUAAGAAUGCCAACUUAGAAUCUUUUUUAAAGCUGUUUAGACUUAUUUGUAAUGAAAAAAUAAACUGAUUUAAAAAAAAGAAAAAGAGGAGACCCCCUUUCAAAGCAGAGGAUGCAGAAGGUUGUCCUACACUUCAGUGGAUUCCUAAUUAAGUGAGAAAUCUGAGGAUUCCCCAAGUAUUAAAAGAAUGACAUUAGAGGUGGAUGUUAAGAAAAACAGUAGUUUUGCAUAAGUGAUGUGCUGCUUUUUGAUGUAUAUAGUCAAGUCGCAAUGUUUACAAGUGUCAAAAAUACAUUCUAAUUGUGAGCUAAAGUGUUCAUUUGUAUGGAUAUGUUGAAGCUGUUGUAAUGUAUUUUUGCUCAUGUGUUUGUAAAUUGAAUGUUGGCAAUAUUUGGUCAUGUAUAUAAGUCCAAACUGAAUUGGUGAAUAUAUUUACAUUUUACAGAGGGCAUUCAUACUUUAAUUUACAGAAGCAUAACAGAUAAUAUGAUAACCCUUUUUCUUGUACAUUAUUGCACUUAACCCCCAUGGCUGGCAUUGAAGGUGAUGUCAUUCAUUAAACCAAAGAGUAAAGGUAUGCUAAGCCUAGAGAGAAAAGAUUUUAGAACUAAAUAUGUUUGUGUUAUUAUCCAACACAUUUGCCUAAACUUGGAGUGACAAAGACAAAAAAAAAAAGGAAAACCAUUCCUAGCAAUCUAAAGCCUACUAAUAAUGAACUAGUGCCAUUUAUUUUAAAGGCAAUGCUGUUGUAUUCAAGUCUUUACUUUUGAGUUUUGGCGUACCUGAUGAUUUUAAAUUUGUGACCACAGUUUAACAUGAUUUAGCACCUCAACAAUCCCAACUGAUAUGUAGAAAAAGCGAGCAAGGGGCCUUUUUGUGUAAAGUUUGCAUGUUCUCGCAGAGUUUGUGUAGGUUCUCUAUGACUACUCCAUUUUCUUUCCAUCGUACCAAACCAUGCAUGACAAGUUAAACUGAUGAUUCCAAAUUGACAAUAAGAAUGGAUGCAAAUGUGUGUGUGGUUCUUUGUCUCCAUGUAACCCUGUGAUAGAUUGGUGACCUAACCAAGGUGUAACCUGCCUAUCACCCAAAGUCAGCUUGGAAAUGUUCCAGCCCCUCCUCCGUUGUGACCCCACUAGCAAUAGGUGGACUAUAGUGCAACUAAAGGAUAUAUGCAGAAAAAACUACUGUAAAAUUUUACACUAAUGUUUGAUGACAGGUUCUUUAUUCUUUGUAGCUUUCAUGCUCCUAUGACCUAAAUGAAUUAUAAAUCCUAUGUCCACAAUUUAAUUUUUUUCAAUAUCCGUUGUUAAUUUUCUAAAAGGAUUUAACAUAUUGAACUGUAAUCAGAACCAUUCAAAUUGACAUAAUAUGCGCUCAUAAAAGAUUUCAACUACCUAGUUUUUACUGUUAAGUCUCACUCAUCUUGCAGUUUAUUGUACUGUACUUUUACUAAUUCAUUAACUUUGUUUGAUAAUAUUCUCAUAUUUUUUGUUCAGAUCAGAUGCCAAGACAAAAAAGUCACAUGAGGCAUGCAUACGCUAAGUCACAUUUACAGUAAUUAUAUGUUUUUUAUGUAAAAGACAUAACACACUGUCUUUCCAAACAAUUUCCAAACAAAGUCACAGUGUUAACAACUUCCCAAUGCCCUGCUGUCUUUCUACAUUUAAUCUAAGACUAUAUUUCUUAUUCAUUGUUUAGAGUUGUGCAUGUUUUUGAGAAAAAAAAGUUCUUUGAACUGAAAGACAAAGACAACAGAACCUCUUAAAGUGUGGAAAGACGUGAUAACACAUAACAAAAUCUUAUUAAAGCAAAAAUGCAGGCUGUAAUUUCAAAGGCAUCCAUCUCACUAACUCUUCCUAUGAGUGACUGCCCAUGACGGUUGGAUUGACAGUUCCACAGGGAUCCACCAUGAUUAUCAGUGGAGGUUGGGUAAAUUGACUACAUCUGUAAUUACAGGUGACUGCAGGCCACAGCGAUGGCAAAAUGAAAUGAUCUGAAGUGGAAUGAUAUCUUUGUCACGAGAUGACAUAGCAUUCCCCUGCCACACACAAUAUUUGUUGUUCAUUCAACUGGAUUCCUUUAGCCCGUUUAAUUACAUUCCACACAGUUCUGUGGAAACCCAGUUGGGGUGUAUUUGUCAAGUUAUAAGGAGCUGUGUUUAUAUAAUAAAAUCACAAAAUAUCAGAGCAUAAAAAGAUUUUAAUAAUGUCAUUCUAACAAUACCUGGAGAUUUUUAUUUGAGCACUUUAAUACUCUAUAACAUGGUAUUCUGCUCUGAUUGUAUCUUGUAAUAUGAUUGUGCUUUGGAAUCGUGUAAAAUAAGGCCAAUAAUCAUAGAGCUAAUGUUGUAUUUCAUUGUUUUGAAUACCUCUCAUGGGAGUAUAGAAUAUGUUUUAUGUCAUAUAUUUAUCUUGUGCUGCAAUGUACUCAGUGGAGCCAACAUUAGUCUUAAUGCUUUAUUCUAGGCUGCAGUAUGUGGGCCGUGUAUGCUAAGGCACCCCUCAUCCUCUCUUUGCUCCUUUGUGAUGGAGGCAUGUUGUAGAUAUCAGUGUAAACUUUGCAUAAGUUUUCUCGUUUCUUUCGUUCAAAAUUGAAUUGUGAAUAUGAUAAUAAAUACAUCAUUCCA